AAAUAAUCGAGACGUUACGUCUAGCCGGCCUCUGCUCGGUUUCGGGAGGCUUCUUCGAGUGCCAGUCGUUGCGAGCAUAAAGUGAGAACGAACAGUGAGAAACGACGUGAAAUGACGCGUCGCGUCGCAUGGGCUCGGUACACUCUUUUCUGCGGUUGAACACAACUUGAUAUCGCAAACGAUGAGAUCGUCGGGAGUCGGUGGCCGACCGAUCGUUCUCCUCGUUUACUUCCUCUGCACCGGUUGCCUCGCCAAAGAUUGGUACACAGUUACACGAUGGGCUGAAACGUUGGGCGCCGAAUUAUGGGAACUCGCGGAGAAGGUCGCCAGGCCCGACGAACUGUUGAGCAAAUACAAAGCUAUGAACACCCGGGUGGAGGAUAAAUCUGGGGAGGAGCUGGUGAGCAUAAUCAGCGAGAACGUUGGAAGGAUGCUCAGGCGGAAGAUGGACGCGGUGACCUGCAUCCGUAUCGCCGCUGAAGAGAACGCGGAGACCUGGGAGGACGACGGGGAGAACAUCACCUACGUUUCCGGGAAGUACAGCCCGGUGCCGGGUCUACCGAAGCCGUUCAUCCCGGAGAACAUGCGGAAGAACAUGUCAGCGUACAGGGAAAUAGAGCUGACGGCAGACUCCCAUUUCUAUAACAUACCGGUGAACACGAGCUUCUCUUCGGUACACAUACCGACGAACGUGUACGACAUGUCACCGGCGCUGAUCGAGGACAUCAAGAAGACCGAGGCCCUUGACGACGUCUUCCGGCAGAACUACGAGUCGGAUCCGGCCCUUUCCUGGCAAUAUUUCGGCUCCGUCACCGGCCUGUUGAGGCAGUACCCUGCCAUGCAGUGGCGGACGGAUCCUACCGAGAACAUCGAGACAAAAUCCGAACCGGAAGACGACGAGAAUCCCAACGACGAGGAUAACGAGGAGGACGAGGACGAAAAACCGGCUGAUAUUUAUGAUUGCAGAGUACGCAGCUGGUUCAUCGAAGCAGCGACUUGCAGCAAGGACAUGGUGAUCCUGAUGGACACCAGCGGGAGUAUGGCCGGCAUGAGGAAGACCAUCGCUAGGACAACGGUGAACGCGAUAUUGGACACGCUCUCGAACAAUGAUUUCGUGACCGUGCUCAGUUAUACGAACGUAACAUACGACGUGGUCGAUUGCUUCAAGGACAUGCUGAUACAGGCUACCCCGGAGAACGUGAACACCUACAAGAAGGCCAUAGUCUCGGUGAAAACCGAGGGACUGGCCAACCUGACGGAAGCCUUCGGCAGAGCCUUCAGCCUUUUGAGCACGUACAGGGAUGCUCGUGGCUGCAGCGCCGACACGCCAUGCAAUCAGUUAAUUAUGCUCGUGACGGACGGUGUGCCGGGGAACUUGACAGAAGUGUUCAGAUCGUGGAAUUGGCGAGACAACGACACUCACAUACCCGUACGAGUGUUCACGUAUCUCCUGGGCAAAGAAGUGACGAAGGUUCGCGAGAUCCAAUGGAUGGCCUGCCUGAAUCGCGGUUACUACACGCACGUUCACACCCUGGAGGAGGUCCGCGAGCAGGUGUUAAAAUACAUACCCGUGGUGGCGCGACCCAUGGUUCUCCAGGACAAGGUUCACCCCGUCGUAUGGACUCACGCCUACGCGGACAUCACGAAUCCAGCACUGGCCACUUGGCUGUGGCUAGUGAUGCGCCACGAGGAGCAACGGUCGCGGCUUCAGAAAUAUCUGAAAGGAAAGCGUCUCGGCGUGAGAAUGAACGAGGAUGCGAUCUACAUACAGCAGUUGCACAAGGACGAGGACGUGCGGCAGGACGCGUCGACGUUGAACACGACGGCAUGGCAGGAGUACAGGCUGCUCACUUCCGUCAGCACGCCCGUGUUCGACCGCAAAGGGAAUCGGAACAAUCGAACGAGAAUGGCCAAUCUGCUGGGUAUCGUCGGGACCGACGUGCCGAUCGACGACAUACGAAAGCUCACGUUGCCGUAUAAGCUCGGCGUCAACGGUUACGCCUUCAUCGUGUCCAACAACGGUUACGUGAUACUGCACCCCGAUCUCAGGCCGGUCUACAAGGGCAAGCUCAAGCUCAAUUACAACAGCAUCGAUCUGACCGAGGUCGAGAUCUUGGACGACGGCCGGGGGCCCAGGAACCCGGGGCCGGAGUUGUUGGACCUUCGCGCGGCGCUCGUCGACCACAAAAGGGGCAGCCUGAAAGGGGUGCCGGUGAAAUUGCAUUACGACGACAACCGGCGGGUGAAUCUCGAAAGACGCGACUACUUCUACGAGCCUCUGCCCGGAACCCCUUUCGGUCUCGCGGUCGCCAUACCGAACUACGGGACGACUUGGAUCAAGGUCGGAGAUGAGAUCCGAAGGAAUCAGAACCUGAACAUAGACAUCUCCGGCUUCUUCGUGGGGAACAACUGGCGGGUGCAUCCCGGGUGGGUCUAUUGUCGUUUCCACUAUCUCGAGGGGCACGAGUUCGACGGUCCCGAAGACGAGCUGAGGUACUUUUUGGACCUGUUGAACAAACCUGGCUGGCGAUGGGCGGAACAAUACGACGCUUACACCCUCGACGAGAACGAGACCGACUACGUCCCCAACUGUGGUAGACAAACGCUGUCGCACGAGGAUUACUACUGCAACAAAGAACUGAUGCAGCUGUUGAUAUUCGACGCGAAAGCGACGAACGCCAGUUUCAACGGCGAUUUCGUGUUGGAGGACGCCCGGGCGAGGCACUUGACGGAAUUGUACGGGAUCUUUUUAAGAUUCGUCGCCACUCAGAGCGGUCUGACGAGGUGGCAUUAUCUGGAUACGAACAAGCUACCGGGGACAGAGGAAGACGACGGAAUCGCGUUCGGAGACCUUCACAGAAGGGCCGUCAACGAGCCUUGGUACAAAGGCGCUAUUUUUCAGAACAUUCUUGACCCGAACAGCAUAUCUCUCUCAGUCCCUACGGAGUUUAGCUUCGACGCGACGCUGACCGCUUCGAUUGGAAUAUUCCCAAAGGACGGCGGCAAAACGGCGCCAGCCGCGGUGAUCGGCUUCCAAAUGCCGAUGAAAGACCUCUACGAUAGAUUCAUCGAGUUGACUUCGAACCCGAGCAACACCAGCAACCUAAACUGCGGCUACGAAUGGAUAGAUUGUUACUUGCUCGAUCAGAACGGAUACGUGGUGAUAUCGGAGGGGCACAACGACACCGGUCAGUUCAUGGGCACCCAAGAAGGUGCCGUGAUGAGCUCUAUGGUAGCUCAGGGUCUCUACAAUUCCGUCGAGAUCUACGACUACCAGGCGUGGUGCGACGACCUCCGUAUCGAGGCUGCGGCCAGCACUCUCACGGAGCCGUUGGUGCACGUCUGGAAACUGUUGCUCUGGUUUCUGCUGCGCGUGACGUGGUUCAUGACCCAGUUCGUCGACUUGCCGGUCGGCUACGCCAAAAUUCACUUCGACGAGGACGCGCCCGACCCGCCGCCCCCGCCGCGACCCUAUCUCUACCACUACCCCUGCGACCAGAAGAGGACCCUCUACAUGAUCAACAACACGAUCGCUGGGCAGGGUAUCACCAACCACUCGGACCACUGCUCGAGGCCCUUUUAUGCGCGCAGGGUACCGCACACGAACCUGUUGUUAGUGGUGAUCGACACGUUGUAUCCAACUUGCUACGAGAGACUGGAGGUGACUCCAGUGAACAUAUCGCCUCUGGAAUAUACGAACGGUACGGAGAGCGCGCCCUGUCAUAAGAUCCCGUUAAACGACUUGAAGAGACGACGCCUGGAGGGUUGUUUCACGGAACAUGCCUUGGAGUACGAGAUCGAGGACUGCGGAGGGGCAUCGGAGCUCACUGUGUCUCUCGCGCUGUUCACCGUCGUUAUCGCCAGAAUUUUAUACACGAUUGUAUGACCGCGAUUAACGACACGGAUCUCGUUUCCUGCAACGUGAACGUCACAUUUCUCUAAUAAUAAAUACAAUAAAAGUAACAGGAAAGAUCA